UAAACAUGUCUGCCCCAGAAACCUCUGUCGCUACCCGCUCCAACCAGGGCACCGUCGCCCCCAAGGAAGCUUUGAAGCUCCGUCUUGAUCUCAACCUCGAGGUCGAGAUUGCCAUCCAGGCCAAGGUCAAUGGUGAUAUCACCCUCUCUCUCCUCGAGUAAAUGUGCCAUGCGAGAGCAGAUAGUGGAGUAAAAAUGCGGUUGUGAUUCAGUUAAUAAUUGUUUUAACCUCCAUCUUCUCUUUCAUCGAUACUGUAUUGGUACCUACUGGCGCUCGUACACCUAAAUAUCAAUAUCAGUGGUUGUUUUUAUCCUCGCAUUUCAAAGUCUGAG